GCCUCUCCAUCGUGACCGUAUAACCCACAACAUGUCCUUCGCCCUACGGACAGCAGCGAAGGGCUGCACGAGAAACGUUGGAGCCGUCCGGGCAUACUCAUCUCUGACCCAAAGGUCUGCUACGCACGCAGCCCGCACGAACGCGAAUGCAAGCAGCACGCAGGCAAGCAAAAAGCACGCGGCAACUCGGUGGGCGUGCGCUCAGAGGCGAUGGGCGACUUCAACGACGGAGCAGUCAACAACCGUAGACCCGGGAGAGGUAGAGGCUCUGCAGUGCCUGGAGGAGGGCACACAAAAGCUCGAGGAGGGUGACGUCCAGGCUGCCAAGGCCCUCUACCAGCGCAGCGUCGACAUCAAGCGCACCGCCAGCUCGCUCUUUAACCUCGGCGUCACGCACUACCACCUCAAGGAAUACGAUGAGGCCAUCGCCGCGUGGAAAGAGUCGAUAACCCUCCAACCCUCCAGCGCCGACGCACACACCAACCUCGCGAGCGCAUACAUCAUCUCUCCCGUGAGCCGGCCCGACCUCGCCUUGCACCACCUCCACGUCGCCGCCUCCCUCCAACCUGAAGACCCCGAGAUCGCCUUCAACCUCGCCGCAGUCCUCGAAGCCUGCGGCCAGCUCGAAGAGGCCCUCGUGUACUACAAGCGGAGCAAGGAGUACGGCGUCGACCGCGCAGCGAUGCACAUCCGCAACGUCAGCGCGAAGAUCCUGGGCCAGAAGAUGAAGGCGGCGCAGGAGGAGCAACAGCAGGCGCAGCCGCAGGGCGAGCCCUCCAGGAGCGAUGCAUGAUGCCUAGACCUUCCCCGUAGAAUAUUUCACAUCUAUAGACAUGAUAUAAUAUGCUCUCAGCUGUGCGCAUAGUCGCAGUAGAACGGUCAGUAGAACGCGUUUGGCUCUAGGUUCUGAUACAUGCGCCCGUAGCGUGUGCGCUAUCGACGUAGCUCCGCGCCCUC